CUGUGAACACAAGUCUCAUUUCCACAGGAUUCCCACUCUGCUCCUCCAGGGAGCAUGAAGGUCUCGGACUCUUCUGUCUCUGCCAGCAGCUUUGUCUCACCACCAGAGGGCAUCAUCGAAUCAGGACCACACAAAGAGUCGGCAAGCCUGCCCUCUUCUCCUGUGAAUCCUGUAGCUUCCAGCUCGGCUGUCGCCAGCCGCCUGGCGCGCUCCUUCAGCGAUAGUCAGGCGGAUUCAGGCACAAUGCAAACUCCGCCGGGCAGCGGAGCGGUGGUCCUGUCAGACGACCUGAAGAACCCCGCCAUGGAAAAACUUGACCUGGUCAGAAAGUGGAGCAUCAACACGUAUAAAUGCACCCGGCAGAUCCUGUCAGAGAAGCUGGGCCGCGGCUCCAAGACUGUGGACCUGGAGCUGGAGGCGCAGAUCGAGCUGCUCCGUGAAAACAAGAGAAAGUACCAGAAUGUGAUCAAGCUGGCUCAGGCACUGGCCAAUCAGCUGUCCCAAAUAAUGCAGACUCAGAAGCAGCUUGGCGAUGCCUUCGCCGACCUCAGCCUCAAGUCACCUGAGCUCCAUGAGGAGUUUGGUUACAACGCCGACACGCAGAGGCUUCUGUCCAAAAAUGGAGAGACUUUGCUGGGCGCCAUCAACUUCUUCAUCUCUAGCGUGGACACACUUGUAGACAAAACAAUCGAAGACACCAUGAUUAAUAUCAAACAGUAUGAGACUGCCAGGGUCGAGUACGAUGCAUAUCGUACAGAUUUGGAGGAGCUGAACCUCGGGCCACGUGAUGGAAACACCAUGCCGAAGAUCGAGCAAUCCCAGCAGCAAUUCCAGAUCCACCGCGAGAAGUUUGAAAGGAUGCGGAACGAUGUCUCUGUGAAGCUCAAGUUCCUGGAGGAGAACAAGGUGAAGGUGUUGCAUAACCAGCUCAUCCUCUUCCACAAUGCUAUAGCUGCAUACUACGCUGGGAACCAGCAGCAGCUGGAGCAGACUCUCAAGCAGUUCCACAUCAAGUUGAAAAUGCCUGGCGGGGAAAGUCCCUCCUGGCUGGAAGAGCACUAAACACUCCCGGCUGGCUCAGCUUCACCAAACCUUCCCUUGGAAACUACAGAAACCUUCCUCCUCCUGUAAUUUGCUGCUUUUCCAGCUUCUGAAAUGAAAUCUUCUAACAAAAGGAACAAACUCCUGAACUCCUUUUGUCUAUUCUUCCUAAAUCAUUUCUGUCGUUCUUUCAAAUCAUAAGAGACGCACUUUUUCUACUGUUUGACAGAUCUUGUUGAAUGGGAGUUCCAGCAGUAAACACUUUAUGAAACUCUAAACGGCCUUUUGUACUCCAGAAUAUGAAUGUUCGUAUUCCAGCACAGCACACAUGUUGGCGUUCCAGCGGCAGCUACUGGACAAGGACUGCCAUUAAAUCUCACAACAAACUUGAUUCUUUUCUUUCUUUCUUUUUUUUUUUUUUUGGUUUUUGUAUUAGCUGACUGAAAUGAACGCUUUACUACAGUUAAAAAAAAAAAGCUUUUUGUUGUCGGGACAAAUUCCUUCUUGAAUUCUGUAAAUUGGUUUUUAUUUUCACUAUCAAGCUGUGACUGAAGUGAUAGUGAGACACUUUGUGGAGGGCGCUUUAUUUGUAAUGUGGUUAACAUUUAGCUGAGACGGUGUGUGUGGUUUGUCCUCUGCUGCUGUGUGUAAGGCCUCAAAUGUCCCAAAUCAAUACCUCCAGCAUUGAUUAAUUUGAAAAACCAAAGUUUACAAAAUCAAGUUUUGGUUUUCCACAGGACUUCUCGUUAGGUAGACCUGGAUCAGCCUCUUCUAUUGGAUUGCUAGCUAACGUUGAGCUGCUUUAAACUCUCAGCUCCUGACUGCUAACUCAUGUUGAACAAAGCAAAUUAAAUGAGAUGUGCAUCUUUUUUUUUUUUUUUUCCUUUAUCUCUCGCAAAACCAAAGCGUUUCCAAAAAAAGCUCUAAUCAUUGAGUCAACGUCACGCUCUGCUUUUAGUUCGUCUAUCUUCAGGACAUAAAACCGAAUGGAUGAGAGAUUCUCUUAGAUUCCAGAAAAUGAAGGACCAGCCUUAUGUCACUUUAAUGUGCCUUGAAUCACUUCUUCUCCUGCUCUAUAAACACUCCUGCUUCUGGUUUUCAGACCAAGGACCAAACAGUCACAGCACACGGAGAUGGAAACAUCCAGCACAGUAACUCCAGUGACUUUAUGAAUUAGUUUUUAAGACGUGUUGCACAAUUAUGCAUUUAGGACUACAAAAUAAAUUUUUCAGGCCUGUGUGAACCAAAAUCCAAUUAACUUGAUACAUUUUCACCUGUAAAGACCAGCAUUUGCGGCUGCUACCAGUUUGUCAUUGGGGCUAUUUAAAGUGUAUUUUUCACAAAAAAAAAAAAACAAAACAAAAAAACAUUCGUCUUCAUGUCGUGUAUUUUUCCUAUGGCCCACUAUAAUGGUUUAAAGGGUAUGAAUCUAGAUUCUGUUAUUUUCUUGAAAGAAAUAUAUAUAUUUGUAAUCUAUAUUUUAAUGUUAGAUUGACCAAUGCAGCCUGUUGGUUUAUUUUUCUUGAAGGUCUCCAGAAUAACAUUCUAGUACCGGUGUAUAGGGGAUAAUCACGUUUUGUAAUAAUGUUACGUUAACAAAUGCUGAGAUGAAAAGAUUCAGAAUGUUGUGCAACCUCUUUGGGGAAAAUAAAACUUUCUCUUUCUGUA